UCAAGAUGAGUGAAAAUGAUGGUGAAAGAAUUGUAUUUGUAACUGUUGGGACAACUUGUUUUGAUUCUCUUGUUAAAACUGUGGACACUUCACAAGUUAAAGAUGAACUAUAUAAGAAAGGUUACACAAAACUAGUCAUUCAAAUGGGACGUGGAACUUACAAUCCGAUCAAGUGUAGUGGAGGAAAUGGAUGCUUGACUAUAGAUUACUUUACCUUCUCUUCCAGUAUAGUUGAUCAUUUGAGAUCAGCAUCUCUUGUAAUCAGUCAUGCAGGAUCUGGAAGCAUAUUUGAAAGUCUGCGGCUUGCUAAGCCUUUGAUUGUUGUGGUAAAUGAAGAUUUGAUGGACAAUCAUCAAAGUGAGCUUGCUGAGGAGUUGGCAGAAAGAAAACAUUUGUUUUGUGCAAGACCACAAACUCUUCAGCAGACUAUUCAGUGUAUGGAUCUGCAGUCUCUUAUUCCUUAUCAUCCGGGCAAUGCCAAGUCAGUUUCCGAGCUAAUUAACAGGUUUCUCGGAUUCCCAGAGGAUUAAUGUAGCCUAAACAUGCGAAUGGCCUUUUUUUCUUCAUGUGCUAAAUACAGUUACAGAUAUAUCAGUAAUAGAUGACGAUACUUGAUAAAAUGUUUUGAAUUAUGUUUUUCUUCAUUGAUUCAGGUUCUUACUAGUUACAAUCAAGAAAUAAACUACAUUAUAUUGAUGCAUAAUAUGUAUUGAAGAACAUGUUGUUGGGUAACUCAUGCAUAUAUAUCCCAAAUUUGCUAUCA